AUAUUUUUUAUACUACGAAGUACUACAUCUGAAAUACAGCCCAUGUUUCCCAAGCUGAGAUGUGGCCGACUUCAUCAACUACACCAUGGGAUGGCGCCGGAGAUCUUCCGCACGGCGAAGAUCACAAGUUCCAAUCCAAACCAUCAGUGGCGACGGCAGCCUGGCCUUCCUCUCUCUUGGCUAUUCCACGGAGGUGAUGUGCGCUCAGCGGCGGCUCAGGGUGGCCGGUGCCCGGCGGCCUGGGAAGCCAUCCGAAUUGAUCCCGGGACGGCGCGGCCGCGUCCUCCCCCUUAAUUAGAGCGGUUCCCUCGGCCGCGUCGGAAUCUAUUCUGCCGCACUGCUAGUGCGCACCCUAUCCAUUUAUGGGAAUCUUUCAUACAGACAAAUGCGGUGAGAUGUUCAUCAGCUGGUUUGGGCCUGUGCCUAGGGUAACCAUCACUAAGCCUGACCUGGUGCACAAAGUUCUGUCCAACAAAUUCGGACAUUUUGAGAAGUUCAUGUUUAGCCAUGUUUUGAAGAUGCUGCACAACGGUGUGAGUAGCCAGGAGGGUGAAAAAUGGGCCAAACAUCGUAGGAUCAUCAGCCCUGCUUUCCAUCUAGAGAAGCUGAAGCGCAUGUUGCCUGCUUUUGCCGCAUGUUGCACCGAGUUGGUUGAUGGAUGGGAAAGUAUGGCCACCAGAGAUGAUGAGACAAUUGAGGUGGAUGUUUGGUCUGAGAUGCAGAGACUGGCAGGGGAUGUUAUCUCCCGUGCCGCGUUUGGCAGCAGCUACCUUGAAGGAAGGAAGAUUUUCGAGCUUCAGGGGGAGCAGGCUAAGCUCACCGUGCUUGUCCUGAAUAAGAUAUACUUCCCUGGUUACCUAUCCUUGCCUAAUAGAACAAACCGAAGGAGGAAGCAGAUCGCUGCCGAGGUUGAGAGGAUCCUGAAAGGCCUCAUUGCGAAAAGAGAGGAGGACCUGAGAACUGGCCAAGGUACAAGCGAUGAUCUUCUAGGCCUGCUGCUGGAGUCGAACAUGGCUCACCGCAGAGGGGGCGGCGGCGGCCUCAUGACGGAUGAGGUGAUCGGAGAGUGCAAGCUGUUCUACUUUGCUGGCACGGAGACCACAUCCGCUCUGCUCACUUGGACUAUGGUCUUGCUGUGCAUGCACCCGGAGUGGCAGCACCGCGCGAGGGAGGAGGUCCUGCAGGUCUUGGGCAGCAGCAGCACCCCAGAUUAUGACUCUUUAAAUCGCCUGAGAACCGUGAGCAUGGUUUUGCACGAGGUGCUUCGGCUCUACCCACCAAUAACUGCGAUCCACCGCCGGACGUACAAGCCGAUGGAGGUCGACGGGAUUAGGUACCCGGCUGGCGUGAUGCUGACUAUACCUGUGUUGUGCAUCCACCAUGACAAAGACGUCUGGGGGGCAGACGUGCACGAGUUCAGGCCAGAGAGGUUUGCCGAUGGAAUCUCCAAGGCGACAGCUUCCGGGUCCGGGAACACGCCGGCACCCUUCUUCCCGUUUGGUGGGGGCCCCCGGGUCUGCAUCGGACAGAACUUUGCACUGCUCGAGGCUAAGAUGGGGCUCGCCAUGAUCCUUCGACGUUUCUCCUUGGAGCUCUCACCAACCUACAAACACGCACCAUUACCCAUUGGCAUGUUGCAGCCACAGCACGGCGCACAAAUCAAGCUCAGGAGGCUUCAUUGAUUUGCUUAUGCACAUAAUAUACUUGCUGUACCUUGUAUCAGAUAAUAUUAGACUCUAGUAUGUACUACUAUAUGUUGUAUACCAUUCCAGAUGGGUUGAUUUUCAUAUAAGAUGUAUUCCUAUAUAAGGUGUGUUUUGAUAAAUGUAAUCCCGUCAAAGAUUAGCUUUGGCCAUCCAUUUUUUGCAUGGGGUAACCUUUUUAUCAUC